AUCGUACGUGCGCGCACCCUUCUAUCGCGUGGUGGUGAUCAUCCAUAUUGCUGCUAGUGGUGGAGAUUAUCUUGUAAUUUUAAAGUCUUUCGGACGCUUUUUAUAUGUUUUAAUUCAACACAAACCACUCUGCGUCUUAGACUGAAGGCUAUUUGGUCUAGGGGUGGAGUGGAGUAACGAUAGAAACGAGUUUACUCGAGGAAUACUGAACAUUUACCAUUCUUGAGUUGAAGGAGAAUUUGGGGAUAUCGUGUGGAAAAGGGGAAAUGGCCACUCAGGUGGAGACUCUCCUACCCAACAAUCCUCUUAUCAAAGAAGAGGAGCAUGGGCAUGCGAGCAAGACGAUACAACACGGAGAGGACUGUCUGGAAAAGGGGGCCAAGCAGACGGGUGUUGCCGACGACGGUAGCAAUAUGAAAGCAGACAACACGGAACUGGUGGGGGUCGCAAUGAAGGAGCAAAACUCCAAACAGGCAAAAGAAGAGAGUAACAAUCAAGAGAAAGACAUCCUGGAUCAAGAAAAGCACACGACCGGACAAACGGAAGACUAUGUGAAAUGUAGCAAAAAGGAGUUUGCUGAAGCACCCCCGCCCAAGGUGAACCCAUGGACUCAGAAAAUGAAUGCGGUGACCGUGGUCAACGUGAAUGGACAAGCACAUCAUGAGCUGCCGCCCACAACAGGCCCGGCCAAGGUGGUGAAGGCCCCAAAUCCCCGGCCUCGGAGAGGAGGAAAGGUUGGGGAUUUUGGAGAUGCUAUGAACUGGCCAACACCAGGGGAGAUCGCAACUAAAGAGACGCAGAUUGAAGUUGUGACUGGGAUUGUGUCAUGCCCCAUGCCUGUCAGGCAGGUCAGAGAGGUGAGCUCCCCACGGAGAUCCCCAGCCCCUAAGAAGCCCGUGGUUAAGAAAGAGUGGAAAGAGAAACGUGACACCAACGAAGAAAGCAAGGAGAACCAGAAGGCCAAGUCGGACGACUCUGGAGAGGAGAAGAACGGAGACGACGACUCUCAGAAGAAUGGACAGAAGAAAAAAGGGAACAAGCACAAGUGGGUGCCGUUGAUGAUGGAGGUGAAGUCCGAGGGGCCCAGAGAGCGCUCUGCAUCCAGGAACAACACCCGCCAGAACGAGGUUCCCAGGAUGCCCCCCAACAACAGGAACGACCUCCGAGACUGGCACAGCGGGAAGUACGAGCGUGAAUGCCGCGAGGACCAUGAUGAGGUGUCCAGCGUGAAGAGUGAGGGUGCUCCCUUCCGUGCCGGGUUCCGGGGGCGUGGUCGUGGCAGGGGCAGGGGACGGGGACGAGGCAGAGGAGGCAGCAGCAGAGGUCACUAUGACUACCAUUACGGCUACAAGGCCUACGACGGGAAGGACGGCGCCUACGGCCAGAAGUUUGGCGCUCCAGUGACCUACUACUAUGACAACAUGAGCAGCAACGACCUGUACUCCGUUGACCAGGACCUGCUCAAGGACUACAUCAAGAGGCAGAUUGAGUAUUACUUCAGCCUUGACAACCUGGAGCGGGACUUCUUCCUGCGCAGGAAGAUGGAUCAAGAAGGCUUCCUGUCUCUUGGCCUGGUCGCUAGCUUCCACAGGGUGCAGGCCCUCACCACCGACGUCAACCUCAUCAUAGAGUCUUUAAAGGGUAGCAAAGAGGUGGAGAUCAUCGAAAUGAAGAUCCGCCGCAAGGUGGAACCCGAGAAGUGGCCUCUACCGGGUCUUUCCAUGGGACCGGACCACAACCAAGUCGACCUGACCCAGCUCAUCCACUGCCCGGAGUUCGUGCCCCGGCAGACGCCCGCUGAGCAGACAGAAUCUGCUCCAGGGUCUCCCCGGUCCUCCACACCCACCAGGGGCUCAACCAGGGCCUCCAUGCAGCCCAAGGUGGAGCAGGACGUGUCCAACCUGAAGAGCAUGUCCAAGGGCCUGUCGGCGAGUCUCCCCGACCUGGACUCUGAGUCCUGGAUCGAGGUGAAAAAGAGGCCCAGGCCUUCCCCGGCCCGACCCAAGACCCCCUCGUUGCAGCAGAAGGAAGAGGCUGUCUCCCCGGUGCCCCAGCCAGGCCCCAGCCCGAUCCCCUCGGUCUCCCCGGCCCAGGCCUCGGCCACGGGAGCCAAGGAGGAGCAGGACGAGCCCGAGGAGCUGGACUUCAUGUUUGACGAGGAGAUGGAGCAGAUAGAUGGUCGCAGGAACACCUUCACCGACUGGUCCGACGACGACUCGGACUGCGAAAUCGCCGACAACGAUGUUAACAAAAUCCUCAUCGUGACUCAGACGCCGCCUUACCUGCGCAAGCACCCGGGUGGCGACCGUACGGGCCACCAUACGUCACGCUCUAAGCUGACCAACGAGCUGGUGAAGGUGAUCAACGACGGCCUGUACUACUACGAAGCAGAUCUGUGGGAUGACAACUACGAACCUGAGUACGCCACCAUCAAGCAAGAGGUGGAGAACUUCAAGAAGGUUCACCUGAUCAGCCGAGAGGAGUUUGACUGCCUGACCCCAGAGCCCCCUGUCGACCCCAACCAGGAGGUACCCCCGGGACCCCCCAAGCCCCAGCAGAUUCCCGUAGACGCCUUGGCGAACAAACUGUUCGGUGCCCCCGAGCCUUCCACAAUAGCACGCUCCCUCCCGACUACUGUGCCUGACUCGCCCAACUACCGCAGUGCCCGGACACCCCGCACGCCACGCACCCCGCACCGGAAGGACCCCCCCAUGACGCCCCGCUUCUACCCCGUGGUGAAGGAGAGCCGGCCUGUCGACGCCAUGACCCCCAGGAAAAGGAAGACCAGACACAGCUCUAACCCCCCAAUGGAGUGCCACGUUGGCUGGGUGAUGGACUCACGAGAACACCGGUCCCGCACUGCCUCCGUCAGCUCCAACGCCAGCCCCUCAGAGGGUACCCCUGCAUUGGGGGGAAUUGGCUGUACCCCCCAGUCGCUCCCCAAGUUCCAGCACCCCUCCCACGAACUGCUCAAGGAGAACGGCUUCACUCAACAUGUUUACCACAAGUACCGUCGGCGCUGCCUAAACGAGCGCAAGCGGUUGGGCAUCGGCCAAUCCCAGGAGAUGAACACGCUGUUCCGUUUCUGGUCGUUCUUCCUGAGGGAUCACUUCAACAGGAAGAUGUAUGAGGAGUUCAGGCAGCUGGUGGUGGAGGACGGCAAGGAGGGAUACAGGUACGGUCUGGAGUGUCUGUUCAGGUACUAUAGCUACGGACUAGAGAGGAAAUUCAGACCAGACAUCUUCAAAGACUUCCAGGAGGAGACCAUGAAAGACUACGAAGCUGGCCAGCUGUAUGGACUAGAGAAGUUUUGGGCGUUUCUUAAAUACUCCAAAAACAAGAACAUGGAGAUCGACCCCAAGCUGCAGGAGUGCCUGAGCAAGUUCAAGCGUCUUGAAGAUUUCAGAAUCGAUCCCCCGAUGGAGGAGGGGGGUCGCAAGAGACACUCAUCCAGUGGAGACGGUCGUCGCCGCCACCCCUCCCAGGGUUCCAGCCGCCCCCACAGCCAAACUGGCUUCGGCCCGGCCCCGAUCGCCCAGGCCCCCGCCAAGGAUGAUGCCAAAAACAGCAGCCAGAGCCAGCGAUCCUCGGCCCAGGCCUCGGCUACCACCGCAUCAGACACCAAGCCACCAAAGUAAACCCCCGGACAACCCGCGGAUCAACUCAAAGUCAUCAAAUCCUUUUCUGCAACACAAGGGGGUCCAAUGGUUCACGCAAAGCAUGAGAGAAUGACUUUGAUGAAUGUCUCGUGAUUGAAAUAAAUCAAGGCUCUUCCAUUUUUAAUUUCUUUUGUUUGAAACAGAGUUUUGUCUUGUUGGAGACAAAGACUAUUGAAGGAAUGGAUGAAGUGUUUUUUUUUUUUUUUUUUUUUUUUUUUUUUUUUUUUUUUUUUUUGCAAACCUUAGCAGCAUAUAUUCUCCUGGUGGUUACAAUGUGGGAAUGAAGAUGGUUUUUUGAGCACGUUUGAUGGCAACUGCAAACCUUGUGGCCCCCUUUCUAUCGUUGGACCUCCUUUCCAUUUGACACCAUCUGUUGGCUGACAGAUGAGUGAUUCUUCAAGAUCUGAUCAUUUUUUUCUUCUUCUAUGGGGUGAGUGGUGGAUUGGAAACUGAUACUUUUGAAAAAAUUAAGGAAAACAAUAUUUGACUUGUUUUGGGCUGGAGGGAAGAUCAAAAUCAAGAAGAAACCAAAUGAUUCAAAUAAAAGACUUGUACCAGUCCCUCAGUAUAAGCAAGAUCGUUGAAAGUUGCCUUAUUUUAAUGGUUUUUCUGCUUAAUUUGUGCCCGCCACCUUAAUGUCGAUUGUACAGCAUUGAUAAUUGCAAAUAUGCAACAUCGGUCAUCACCUACAGUAGUGGCCACUCAGUGACACCCCUUCUGAACUGUCUUCCAAGUGUCAUAUGGUCUGUUACAAAGCCUCCCCACCCCUCGGUGUGUUUGCAAUUUGUGGCUCUUUGUGCUAAAAUGCUUUUGCUGGGUGGGGGGGCACACCCACCCCUAACACCCCCCCCCCAAAUCACCAGCCUCCCAAGGACAGUCUGCGUCCAGCCAUCAAUCUGUUCAUCCUAUCAUCCAUCCAUUGUACACCAUUCAGGCUACAGGACUGGAAUCACCAAUCCGGAUGACUUGACGACAGAGGAAAGGCUCUCAGUCCCAGUAGAUCUGGCAUGCUGCGGCAGGUGCUUUAGGUGUGUGGUGGGCUUUGUUUUGGGGGGUGGGGUGUAAUGGCCUGCUUUCCAGGGCUAAACAAGACAAGGCUUCAGUCUGCAGCUUGGCAUGGCCUAUACCCCCGCAUCCCACCACCACUCACACACACACACCAGUGUUUCUUCCAGAGAGUGGUGGCUCUAUUCUGUUCUUCUGGAGAACUGUAACCAAUGGACAGGCUAUGUAUCACCUCUGACCCCAACCAACCUGUUAUAUUCCCCUACAUCCAGUCAGAUCAGAUCAACUAUAAUAAUCUAGUUUAGAUAACUUAAUCUUUAUCCGACAUGAGUACUGAUGAUAUCAAAUAGAUGAGUUUUUUUUUUGUCCACUAAUGUAAAUGUGAAUUGGACAGAUGAAGAGAAAUUACACCUCCCGGCUACUUGUUUUAUUGUUUAUAGAACAGAUUAUAUAUUCAUUCGCCUUACAUGUGUACGUACUCAAAAAACAUUUUUUUAAUGUUCUCAUCUCUUAUUGCUUUUUAAUUUGCUGUGUUUCAAGCUAGGGUAUGUCUCUGUAUUGAAUGUGUGUUUGAAACCUCUGGACUUUCAAGAAAUGGGAAAAUUAGUACAGUACAAAUAAAGGGAAAUUUGCAUUAGGGCAUCAACUGACAUUUAAUGCAACAACAGACAUUACAAAUUUCCAGGAAGUAGAGUUCAACUCCAAAUCAAAGUUAAUUUGCAACAUUUUAUUUUGAUGAAUUUUGUUGACAAAUUGUGUGAUGUGAAUCGCUGGUGUGUUCACGCAACAGCAAUUUAGAACGACUUGUAUCAUGAGUUAAUGUUGGUGGUUGAAUAGUCCCCCUAACUAGUUAUUGAUCAGUGACGUACAAUGGUCCUCUUUUUAGUUAAAUAUAAAUUAGCAUAAAUAACAGUUAAACUAUACCGUCUGCUGGAGGGGAAAUGGGGUGAUUUCAGAUUCACUGGUGGUCCCCGGUGUUAGAAUGUCCAGUUGUCUUCAUGUUUUGUUUUUUUGUUUCAAAUGAUAUCUUUAUUAACCCCGCCAUUGUUGAACAAUUUACAAGAGUUGUUUUCCUUUUCUGUUUUGUUGUGGGCUUAGUUCAAUGGAGCUGCGGGGGUCAAUUCAGGAGGCUGAUAUGAAUCACUCAAGAAAUCAUUUACUCGAGGAAUAAAGACGGAGAAAAAAAAAAAAAA